AUGACGGAAACAAACGAAGGAACAGUUUUGCACCUAGCCACACAGCUCUGCCCUUCCCUAGUCACUUCCACCAACUCCAAAGGUGACACUCCUCUUCCUUUUGCUGCUAGCUUGGGACACACGAGCACCUUAAUUCAGACGUCCAAGAAAUGCGAGAGAGAAACGCUAGAUGAUCCAAUACCUGAAGAAAUGAUGAACAAGGAUGGCUUGACACCUUUACAUUGUGCGGCAAUGAUGGGUUCUAUUGAAAUCCUUAGUAGAUAUCACGAUGAAAUGCCCUAUUGUUUCGAAUCAGUCACACGAGGAAAGAAAGAAACUGUCUUUCAUAUAGCUGCGAAACACAAGAAGAACGAAGCCUUCAUCUUCAUGGCUCAGCGUGAAAAGUUGGGCCAACUUCUCUACCAGCUCGAUGCAGAUGGCAAUAAUGUGCUUCACGUUGCCGCCUCCGUAGGAUCUAUUGCCCUGGUAAGUUACAUAAUGGACGAAACAAAAAUAGAAGUCGCCACCAAAAACAACAAGGGUUUUGCAGCGAUUGACCUUCUCAACAAAAAUGACGAAGGUUUCCGACAGCUAUCUAUCGCUCUGAUGUCUGAUCGUUCAAGUCGUAGAGAAAUGCGAAUUCUUGAGAUCCAAGUAUUAGAUGAACUGAAGAAGCUCGGGAUGCUUAGUGCUCAAAGUAGACAGAGUUCUAACAAGGAGAUGGAGAUGCAACUGGAAGCUUUGCAAAACGCUAGGAACUCAAUCACAAUAGUUGCCGUCUUGAUUGCAUCGAUCACUUUCACAUCCGGUCUGAACCCGCCUGGUGGGGUGUAUCAAGAAAAUCCCUACAUAGGGAAAGCAACCGCAGGAAGAACAAUAGCUUUCAUGAUCUUCUCGUUAAGCAAUAGCAUUGCAUUGUUUACAUCAGUUAGUAUGGUCAUUCUUCUCCUCAGCAUUAUACCUUAUAGAGAGGAUUCACUUAAGAAGUUCUUGGUUAUAGCACAUUGGAUGAUGUGGGUCGCUGUAGUAGCCAUGGCAAGCGCUUAUGUGGCGGCAACAGCGGUCACUUUGCCACAUUUUAGAGAAACAAAAUGUUUGCUCUAUGCCACUCUUGCUAUCGCUGGCUUGACGCUAGGCGGUAUGUUUGUUUAUCUACGGUUUAAGCUGACUAAAUGCAUCUUAAGUAAGAUGUAUUAUCUUAAAUUCAUAUCACCCUCGCUAGUAUCCAAGCAUGGGUCCUUAGACAUGGCAGCCAAUUCCAUGAAAGGCUAUUAUAGCUAUUGA